CUGGCCACCACGUCCACAACACCGCCAAAAUGUCGAUGACACUGGCGACAACAUGGGUACGAAGAGGAGCCGCCGCUCAAUUCCCCGUCAAAUACCAGAUAGACGAAUCAGAACUCAACAGGAUAUCAGAACUGGCCCGUUUGCAACUCGCGGACGCGCAAGAAGAUUUGGAAUUGGCGCAGGACUCUGGAUCCAAGCGGGAUGGGCAUGAAGAUGAAGACGAUAACUCAGACUCGCAGUCAGAUUCAGACAACGGCGUGUCUACAAAAGAACCCUCCUCAAGUACGGGCCCACAGACCUCAGCCUCAGUUGGUAAAGACGAUGAUGACUUAAAAGAGUAUAACCUCGAUGACUACGACAACGAAUCCGAGGCUGGACAGGGCUCCAAAUUUGCUUCCUUUGGAAACGUCGGCUCCCUUUCCUACCACGCGCCCGACGAGAAAGACCCCUACCUUGUCCUUCCUCCUGGCGAGAAUGACUCAGACGAUGAAAGAGAAGAAUUACAGAUUUUGCCUACCGACAACCUCAUUCUUGCUGCCAAAGUCGAAGACGAGGUCGCUCAUCUCGAGGUUCUUGUGUACGAAGAUGAUUCUGACAAUCUCUAUGUCCAUCAUGAUAUCAUGCUCCCCGCAAUCCCUUUGGCCGUUGAAUGGAUCAACGUUCCAGUUGGAAAGGACGCAGGCACAAAAACCGAAGGUAAUUUCGUCGCAGUGGGCACCAUGAGCUCCGAGAUCGAGGUGUGGGAUCUGGAUGUUGUUGAUAGCAUGUAUCCCAAUGCCAUUCUGGGACAAGGACCUGAUGGACCCGAAGAGAAUGGCGAAGAUGCAUCAUCAUCGAAAAAGAAGAAAUCUACAAAGAAGAAGAAGAAACCCAAGGCCAACGACGAGUACCAUGUUGAUGCUGUCCUUGCCCUUGCUGCCAAUCCACAACACCGGAACCUACUGGCUUCUGGCUCUGCGGAUAAGACAAUCAAACUCUGGGAUCUCAACACUGGAAAAUGUGCUAAAUCAUAUUCCAUGCACAAGGGCAAAGUUUGCUCAUUGGACUGGCAUCCAACAGAAUCAACGAUCCUUCUCAGUGGCAGCUACGAUAGGACUAUUGUCGCCACAGACAUGCGCGCCCCAGAUGCCGUGGCACCUAGGUGGGUCGUGGAAGCCGACGUGGAACAAGUCCGGUGGAAUCCCCAUGAUCCCAACUAUUUCUUCGUCACCACAGAAGGUGGCACAGUGCACUAUUUUGAUGUUAGAACCCCUCCGACUUCGCACAGUCAACCAAGUAAGGCGGUCUACACACUUCAGGCACACGACGGCGCAGUGAGCGCUUUCGACAUCAAUCCCACCAUUCCAGGGCUUCUCGCAACAGGGUCUGAUGACAAAAGAGUCAAAUUAUGGAACAUCGAGAAUAACACCCCUACUAUGGUCGUGUCGAGAAAUCUUGACGUAGGACGAAUUUUUUCUGCACGAUUUGCCCCUGACCCCGAGGUCGCAUUCAGACUCUCUGUUGCCGGCAGCAAGGGUCAUUUGCAGGUCUGGGAUAUCAGUACCAAUCCAGCCGUGAGGAAAACAUGGGCUGGAAAGGUGAAGCUUCCUGAAACAGAUGGCAAAGAGAGGUUAAUUGGCGUAAACCAAGAUAGCGACGAUGACACAGACGACGAGGAUGGAGGGGCUAACACUGGCCAAGAUGGUUGGGAAUCGAUGGAUGAGGAUUAAUUGAUACUCGUUUUUAUGGGCAGCGUUGGAUUGAAUGACCUGUAAUGAUGAUUGAUACC